AUGCAUCUCAUGUACACCCUCGACCCGAACGGCAAGCGCCGCUACACCCUCAAGAAGAUCGUGGACGGCGAGGUCACAAAGUCGGCACACCCAGCGCGCUUUUCGCCUGAUGACAAGUACUCGAGACACCGAGUGACCCUCAAGAAGCGAUACGGCCUUCUCCUUACCCAGCAAAAAGACAAGAAGGCUUUGGGACAGUAG